AUGGAGCUCAAUAUCCGCAACGCAACUGAAGAUGACCUCCCCGCCGUCAUCGACAUCUACAACGACCAGAUCCUGCACGGGACUGCGACAUUCCAUACAGAGCCCCAAACGCUCGAAGAACGCGUGAAAUGGCUUGAAAGCGUGCGUGCCGAGAACUACCCAUGCAGCGUAGCGGAAGUCGUGGACGACGCGUCUGCGACGGGAGGCACGCGCACUGUGGGCUGGUGCAACCUGGGGCACUAUAACAUGCGGCCCGCGUAUGACGGGUCUGCGGAGCUGUCCCUCUACGUUCACAAGGACUUCCGAGGAAAGGGCAUCGGAGAGAAGCUCCUGCAGCGCAUGUUUGAGGAGGCACGGUCGCAGGGAGGCCGGUUCCAUGUCAUCAUCGCGGGCGUGACCGCGGAGAACGCGCGAACGGUGAACUUCUGGCAGAAGCAAGGUUUCGAGCUGUGCGGGACGCUCCGCGAGGUGGGGUACAAGUUCGGGCGAUGGCUGGACGUGUCGUAUUUCCAGAUUUUUAUAUGA